AUGGGAUGUGCAAGUUCUAAAAGCGUAGCCCGCCCUGGGAAAAAGAGCAAUCCAGUUGUAGUACCUAAGCAGUAUUGUUCUGAGACUACUGCAAUUCCAGUUUUGCACUGAAAAAGAGGACAGCCUAUAGGAGAAGGUGCAUAUGGAAAAGUCUAUGAAUGUUUAAAUAUUGAGACUGGCGAGUUACUAGCAGCGAAGCGUGUCAGUCUAUCAGGAGAUCCAAAGCAAAUUGUUGCUGAAGUAAGCAACCUGAAAAAAGAAAUAUCCACUCUGAAGGAGCUGAAACAUAAAAACAUUGUACGAUACGUAUACACAGAUGUGAGUGCUGACAAUAUGGGAGUUGACAUUAUCAUGGAAUACGUCCCAGGAGGAUCUGUUAGACAUUUAUUAAAUAAAUUCGGCAAACUCCAUGAAAAAACAGUACAAAAAUACACUAAAGAAUUCACAACUUAAAAUGGUAGUUAGGUGUAGAACUGCGGCCCUAAACUGAGCUCAGUUAGAGAGUUUCUUAACUUCUUGAGAGUCUCAGCUUGAAGAGAAGCAUUCUAUGCUGAGGCUGGUGUAGAAAGAGAGGUCCUAAAAGACCAGGGGACAGAAACAGGUCGGCGGUUAGACUUAUCUCAUCUGCCGUUAAUCAGAGCUGUUGGCCCAAGUUGAGAAAAUCAGGGAACGGGAUUUGAAGAGUAAUCUAUUAAACUUAAACUAAAGAAUUACUAGAAGGCCUAACAUUUUUGCACAGCAAAGGGAUUGUCCAUAGAGACAUAAAAUGUGCAAAUCUGUUGGUAGAUAACGACGGCGUUAUAAAACUUUCAGACUUUGGUGCAAGCAAAAGGCUUGGAUCAACAAUCCAUGUUGAAGAUUCUAAGUUAUGCAAAUCAUUGAGAGGAUCUCCUUACUGAAUGGCACCUGAAGUGGUAAAACGAUCAGGCCACUCUUACGCUGCCGAUAUAUGAUCUGUAGGCUGCGUUGUAAUUGAAAUGAUAUCAGGCCAGCCUCCUUGGUCAAAUUUUUCUAAAGAUGUCAAGCAGGUUCUUCAGAUUAUUACCGAAACUAAAACGCCUCCAGAAUUUCCAAAAAAUAUUUCUGCACCAUGCGUAGCUUUCCUCCGAGCUUGCCUAAACUUAAAUCCUGAUUUGAGGCCUAAAGCGAGCGAUUUAUUAUCUCACCCAUUUAUUACUGAGAAAAUUGACUAUACAAAAGAAGUCAAAGAAGAAAAAGAGGAAGAAGUGGAUGAAUUAAUGAGUUUAGAAGAUAUGAUCAUGCCAGAUGAUAAAAUUGUAUCUCUUAUACAUAUCUCAUUAGAUAGACGGGCUCGUGCCCUUAAGUUUAACGCAAUCACCGAGGAUCCCCUGGGGGAUUCACCCGCUUUGCGACCUUCCUUCCGUCCAGUCUCCUCCUUGCUUCUUGUAGAAAGCUCCAGUGUUGAGUGGGCAGGCUACGGGUUUGUGCGGCCUCCUGAGGCUGUGGAAUACGAGGUUGGCAUUCCGAAAUCCCAAAAAAUGGAAUUUCUGGUAGCCUGUCGGCAAAAGGGUGGAGUCCAGAUCCUGGGAUGUAACGCCCAGUUCACGCUAGGCAGUUGCCCGAUUGGUCUAGGUGUUUCCUGUAGACUCUGCUGGGCUUGCCCUUUCCAAAUCUGAACCCUCAUUUUUCCCGAGGUAAAAACUAGUCUCGAAGUUGGGCUUGGGCUAGGCUCUGCGACCUGCAGAAUUUGUUACCAUAGCAUUAUUACGGCCCGUUUCAAGGCUAGAAAAAUUUUGCCGGAUAUAAUUAAAUAUGUUGUCUUCGUCGAGGCUGUAUGGCAGGGAGGCCAUACCUAGACGAAGACGACAUAUUUAAUUAUGUAUCUCUUAUACAUUUAAUAAGAAAUUAUGGCAGGCAAGGGAAUAAACUAUAUUCCAGUAUAAGAAAGCUUAUAUAAUAAGGUAUAGAUUUAGACCCAUAUGGAGAAGUAUAUGCAAUUGAUGAAAUCCCGCAGACUGGGCUGCAAGUCACCAGCACAAAUCCAACACAGUCAGCUUAUAGUUCGAAGAAAGAAAAAUCAGAAAUUGCAGAAACAGCUGCAGCGAAAAAAAUUAGAGAAGAAGAACAAAGGAAAAUAAUGACAAAGCAGGCGAUUGAAAAAGCAAAAAGAGAAGCUUGGGAAAGAGAGCUGCAGCUAGAGUCUGAUUUGAAUGCAUUAUAA